AUGAAAAACCAUGUCCUCUAUUUCUACUAGACUUUCCUCAAAUGGACCUUUUUACUUCCACUUUACAAUAGUGCCACCAAAGACCGCAUAACAAAAUUGCUUUUGUUUUGUUUGUGAGUCUAAAUAUAAUAUUGCAUGUUAUGUUCUAUAGUGUGUAUAUAUAUAUAUGGUGGUGUUAGUUUGGUGGGUAGGUUCAUUGUAUAAUUGAUCAUAUAUCCUCGGGAUAUUCUUUGUCAAGUUAAGAAAUGAGAGUAGCUAGAAAAUGCUCAUAUUGUGGAACUUUAGGCCACAAUUCAAGGACUUGCAAUAACAGUAUCAGUCACAAACAACUUUAUCUUUUUUCUUCUUCACCUCGUGUGAACGAAAGUUCAAACAAUUACUCCGGAACUGGCCUCAUAUCCACAAUCCCAUACAGUAAAAAAGGUAUGUCGUGGACUGAGGAUGAACACUAUACGUUUCUUAGAGGGCUUGAGAAACAUGGAAAGGGUAACUGGAGAAGUAUAUCUAGAGAUUUUGUGACAUCAAGAACACCAACCCAAGUGGCAAGUCAUGCACAAAAACACUUUAUCCGUUUGUCUCAGAAUAGCUUCAUGAAUAGAACACAACACAAUCUCAGCCUCCUUAGUGUGGGAUGUGAAAGUAAAACAAGAUUUGAAGCAUUUUAUGAACCAAGUGAAGCUUUUGGCAGAAGAAACUUUAUUUCUCAUCCUCAAUAUUCAGAAUGGCCUAACUCUUCAACUUCAACCUCAACGAAUUGUAGUCAUGAGAAAGAAGCACCUGAUUUAGAGCUCAAACUUGCAACUCCUAUGCCAUUAUAGUGUAUGUGACUACUACUUUGAGGAGUCGUGCUUGUGUUACGUGUAACUCACCAUAUUCAAGCAAAUUGUGUAGCAGUGAUUUCAUGAAAUAAGACAGAGAAUGGAAGUA